GAACUAGGUGAAGGAGAGAGCACAGUAGAGGUUUGAACUAAUUGGACAGCUUCCUGCGAUGUGGGCUGAACUAUAAGGGUGAGUGGAGAACAGUGGGAAAGCCAUGCAGAUAGUGGAGGACAUUUCCAUGAUACCUGCCAUGUUGCAAACUAAUGUAGGGAACAAGAACACCAUGGGGGGAGUGCCCCCCAAACAGAAUGUUGGUGGGACUGGGGCUCGUAAUGCGGCAGGGGAUGGGGACUACCAGUUGGUGCAGCAUGAGGUCUUGUGCUCCAUGAAGAACACUUAUGAGGUGCUGGAGUUCCUAGGUCGUGGCACCUUCGGACAGGUGGUGAAGUGUUGGAAGCGAGGCACAGGGGAGGUUGUGGCUAUCAAGAUCUUAAAGAACCACCCAUCGUAUGCAAGGCAGGGUCAGAUUGAGGUGGGCAUCCUUGCCCGUCUGAGUGGGGAGAACGCUGAUGAGCACAACCUGGUGCGGGCAUUCGAGUGCUUCCAGCACCGCAGCCACACUUGCCUGGUGUUUGAAAUGCUGGAGCAAAACCUCUAUGACUUUCUCAAGCAGAACAAGUUCAGCCCGCUGCCAUUGAAGGUGAUCAGACCGGUCUUACAGCAGGUGGCCACUGCGCUGAAGAAGCUCAAGAACUUGGGCCUGAUCCACGCUGACCUGAAGCCGGAGAACAUUAUGCUGGUGGACCCGGUGCGACAGCCUUACCGGGUGAAAGUGAUCGACUUUGGCUCGGCCAGCCACGUGUCCAAAGCCGUGUGCUCCACGUACCUGCAGUCACGCUACUACAGGGCUCCAGAGAUCAUCCUGGGCCUGCCGUUCUGUGAGGCCAUCGACAUGUGGUCCCUGGGCUGUGUCAUCGCUGAGCUCUUCCUGGGCUGGCCCCUCUACCCAGGAGCACUGGAGUAUGACCAGAUUCGCUACAUAUCUCAGACACAAGGGUUGCCGGGGGAGCAACUGCUGAACGUGGGGACCAAGACUUCCCGCUUCUUCUGCAAAGAGUCUGACUCGCCUUAUGCUCCCUGGAGACUGAAGCUGACAGGGGAACAUGAAACUGAGACUGGGAUGAAAUCCAAAGAGGCCAGGAAGUACAUCUUUAGCAGUCUAGAUGACAUGGCACAUGUGAAUCUGGUGCUGAACAUGAAGGGCAGUGACUCGUUGGCGGAGAAGGCCGACCGGAGGGAGUAUGUGGGCCUGCUGAAGACCAUGUUGCUAAUUGAUGCUGAGAAGAGGAUUGCUCCCUCCGAUGCCCUCAACCAUCCCUUUGUCACCAUGCAGCACCUCCUCGACUUCCCCCACAGCAAUCAUGUUCAAUCAUGUUUCCACAUCAUGGAUGCCUGUCAAUCACGGCACAACACGUACAACACACUCAACCGCAACAAAGCCCUGUUCCCCAGACCCUCAACCAACCCAGCUGGACUGCCGAUAGCCUUCAGUAAGAUGGGAUCAGUUCGCUCUCAGGCUUUGACGCAAUCUGCUCCCUCUGUGAUGCAUCCUGGGAUGCUGCAGACAGGAACCAGUCAGUUUGGGUGUAAUGACUCCUUUCAGCCAGCCCUCAUCCUCUGCCCCCCAGCCAUGCAAGGUAACCCAAAUCAGCCAGGAUAUACAGUUAGGAUGGAAAACACAAUACCGAUGGUGACCCAAGCCCCUCCCGUACAGCCUUUACCAAUGCGACCUGGAGUUAUAGCACAGCAACCGUGGUCAAGUAGAAACCAGCAGAUCCUAGUACCAGCCUGGCAGCAAGUGGCUCCCCCUCCCACCACUAUGGCUUCUGAUACUGCGGGUGGCCCACAGAGGCUCAGUGACUGGGGGAAAGUUCGGCAACACAGCAACCAUUACAGCAACAUGAUGCAGCCUCUUCUAACCAACCAAAUUGCCAUGUCUGGUCCACAACCAAUCAACAUCGGCAUUGCACACGUGGUGUGGCCACAGCCGCACGCCAACAAUAGGAACCGGCCCAGUCAGAGCCGCAGCAUGCACUACUCCCACAACAAUGGCAACAUCCAAAUCUCAAUGUGCCGCUCUCCAAAGAUGGCCGACCGUGUUAGUCACACAGGAGGAGGAGGAGAUGGUUCCCGUGGGGAGAGGCCCGAGGUGGAGGUUCAGCAGGAAAGACGACAUGAGGAGGAGGUGAGCUGCUGUAAGGCAGUGGAGGAUGAGAGGAUAGACAUGUCCCACCAGCAGCGAGAGUCUGUGGUCAUCGACGACCUGCCCAGCCCCACCCUCAGUGUCAUCAGCAGUGACACGGACGGAGAGGAGGGUUCCUCUUGCAGGUUCAAAGGCAGCCCUGACUGCGAGGCGUGUAAGAGCUCUCUGAAAAUGGAGCGAGUGUGUUCCCUCAGCAGCCCAGACAGCACCCUGAGCACCAGCUCCUCUGCCUCGGUGCACUCCAGCCCGUCCCCCUGCAAGAGGCCCAACAGCAUGUCUGAGGACGAUGGUCAUGAGAGUGGCUGCGAGACGGUAGACGGUUCCCCUGCCUCGGACUCCAGCCGGAGCCAGAGCCCCUACCUGGAGAGCCGCUACCUAGGCAACCACAGCCAUCAAUCUUUGAGCAUGAGGACGAGUGGCAUGGCCCCCCAGAAGGAGCCCAGCAAUCCCCCUGUGAGAACCAUGGUGGUGCCACCUAUGAAGGUGCUGCGGAACAACAACAACAUGGACCUGCACACAGACAGAACGGUCUUCGAAUCCUCAUGCCAGUCCAAAAGGCGCUGUGCCCCUGGACGACUGAACCACCACUCCACCCACCACCACCCCCGGCAGCAACAGAAGAUGACCACAUUCCAGCAGCAGCCCCUGGGCUUCGGCCAGCCUCAGGUCCAGCAAUACAGCUCCUGCCACAAGGAAUGGAACGGAAAUUAUGGGCUGCAUCGGCGGCCGCACGCUUACAUCCCUCCCACGAUACAUGGCCACGCUUUCACCCCCACCCACAACUCGGGGCCUCACCCCCAGGCCACCCUGCUCUCCUAUCCUCCCUCUGCACCCGUCGCCCACCACCUCCUGGCCUCGCCCUGCGCCCUGCGGCCCGUCCUACAACCCGCUUACGGCAUCUCCCACCCUGGCAGCAUUGUCCACCAGGUGACCAUGGGCAUCAACCACCGGCUGCUGCCCUCACCCACCAUCCACCACCAGGGCCAGUUUGGGCCCCUCUUUCCCCCACACUCCUACAUCGCCUCGCCAGCCUAUACAGGCUUCCCCCUCAGCCCCACCAAACUCAACCAGUACCCUUACCUCUGAGCACCAGCCACCCAGGGCCAUAGGCCAGCAAGGGCAGCCAGAAGUGACAACGUUAACCAAGGCCUUCAUCCGUCAUCUCUCAAGUUAUGACAGAGAAAGAACCCCCCCCAGGCUUCAACAAAUCAUGUUGGUUGAUGAUGAUGAUGAUAGGAUUUAAACCUUAAGCUGAGAAGAAGAAAAAAAUUUGAAAAAAGAAUGAAUCAAUAAUUAAGAAAUUCUCACUUUUAAUGGGUUUUUGCACUUUUGCUCUACAGUGUCAUUUGGAGUGUAAGUCUCACAGUACAGUCUCACGAUACACAUUACAGUCUCACAGUACAGUCUCACGAUACACAUUACAGUCUCACAGUACAGUCUCACGAUACACAUUACAGUCUCACAGUACAGUCUCACGAUACACAUUACAGUCUCACAGUACAGUCUCACGAUACACAUUACAGUCUCACAGUACAGUCUCACGAUACACAUUACAGUCUCACAGUACAGUCUCACGAUACACAUUACAGUCUCACAGUACAGUCUCACGAUACACAUUACAGUCUCACAGUACAGUCUCACGAUACACAUUACAGUCUCACAGUACAGUCUCACGGUACACAUUACAGUCUCACAGUACAGUCUCACGAUACACAUUACAGUCUCACAGUACAGUCUCACGAUACACAUUACAGUCUCACAGUACAGUCUCACGAUACACAUUACAGUCUCACAGUACAGUCUCACGAUACACAUUACAGUCUCACAGUACAGUCUCACGAUACACAUUACAGUCUCACAGUACAGUCUCACGGUAGACAUUGUUCUCCCUAAUAAUCUCAGCCCUGUUUCUCCCCCUUUUUCUAUAUUGCCUUCUACCUAGCAUGUGUGCUAGUCACAUCACUCGUUAAGCCAUCCCAGUCUCCAGUGCUAGGACAGUAGAUGUGUCUCCGUUGGUUUUUUGUGGUGGAAAGGUGUUCCCUAAUGACAUAGGUGUUUUCAGUGUGUACCGUCAGUGGUCUGAAAAGGUUGUUCCACACGCUGCAUGCCUUCGCAUGGGAAAGAUAACUUAGUGGAGUUGUUGACAGUUAGAUGUCACUCCUAUGUGUACUGUGAGACUUACUACACCAUAGCCUGUUCCCACACCUACUAGUGCCUUCAAUAUCUGAGGUUGUUAAUGUUACUUCUGGCGUUUAUUGAUAUAUCAUGUACUGGACUGCAGCACUUGAAUAUCUGAUUAUUUUCACUCAUAUGCUUUUGCCUAUCAGAUAAUCAAAUAAGUCAUUCUUAUUUGGGCUCAUUGUAUUUUGGGGGUAAAGAUUCACUAUGCAGAAAUCACUCUGCCAUUUCCUGCUUGCAAAAAUUCUAAUGGUUUGCCAAAUUUCAGUUUGUGACAAAACAAGCAAGUAUAGAGUAGAGAAUCAUUGUACCAUCUAAACCGCUGUGAAAUAUAUUUUCCAUAACCAAAAAUACUGUAUUUUCAGCUGUUUGAAGCUGGUGUACAAAAACUAAACUUAAGAACGGGAAGCAUAGAAAUACCGUACAUAGAACAUAGCUACUGAUUCUUAGACUUGCUUUCAAUGAGAAUGACAGAUCUAGAAAACACAUUUCUAUAUAUGUGAAUUUGGUCCGGUAGCCCAAAAAGAUACAUUGCAGCUUUAAGCUUAUUUUAUGCUUUUGAAGCAAAUGUUUAUUUGGUUUUGGACUUUUCCCGAAUGAACUAAUGUACAAACAAAAGGUGAACGAUUUAAUAUUUGAUCAUCAAUUUCUAAUCACUAAGUACUUAAUUACUAACAGUAUUGACACUGUUUAUUGGAACUGCAAUACAAUCUACAUAUAGGCGCUGGUUUUCUGCGUUAUUGUAUUUAGUCUUUUUCUUAGCGUAAUACCAAUGUGGGGCAUGGCAUUGACUAUAAACAAACAUGCAAGUAGUUGGUUGAUUCUUUGUAUGAUCUCAUAUCUUCAGAAAAACUGUAGUGUUUUGAUAUACCGUCUGUUAACCUAGUGUAUCAUUGCUGGACUAUGUAGUGCUUGACAAGGUGUAUUGGUUAAGUGCAAUUUCCGCAUUAGACAAAACUUAUACUUUAUUUUACUGUUCCAUUUGUUGAGGUUUGUUAAUGUGUCAACUGCUUAUUUUAUACAUUCUGUCAGGGAGGAAAUAUAUUUUGUGUGUUGUUUUUAAUUGCUAGUGUGUGAAUUAGGUUUUUGUCUUUUCUUACUUACAAAUGAAAAUGCUUUUUCAGCACCAAAGACUGUAAUUCAUCCCAAGCAAGGUAGCUACUCUUUCUUUUCCCAUUGUCUUCAAGUAUACUGUAGUCAUGAAGAUGGAAUAUAUUGAGAAAAAAUAUAUUUUAAAAAGGUUUGUUUUAAGCAUUUUGGGCAAGUUAUAUCAUAUAUCUUGAAUGCAUCAUAGAUGAGCUGCUAUGUACUGAUUACCACUUCAAAAUAGCUGUGAAUUUAGGGGAUUAUCUUAGUUCUUACUAUGCAUUCUUACUUUUGUAUAGUUCUAAUUACCAUAUACUAGAAGUGGGUUUUAUUUGAUUAUAGAGUAUAGUGAAUGGCAUGAAGACUUGUUAGUGCCUCUGUAUAUUUGCUUUGAUGUUUGAAGUGUGAUUGGAACUACUGUAUUACAAGUAAUGAAAUUAAGUGUUUUUUGUUUUGUUUGUAACACAUAGCAUCAGUAUUUUAUAUUUUUAAUCAUAGGUUGGGUUCAUCAUUGCAUACAGUAGUUGUGUUGACAAUUUUAGUUAUUGAUCUGUUAACAUCCUGAAAAGCCUAAAGAUUAUUCACAUUAUUGAUUGACAGUUCUAUAUUACCAUGCAGAUAUAUUUACUGCACUGCCUCUAUUUGGUCCUCACAUUUACAUUGGCUUGUAGAGAUGCCUUCACAUGUGUAAUAUUUGUUAUGAAACACAUCAGUAAGCACUUCAAUAAGCUCAUCAGGUUUGGGUUGUGGCAAAAUCCCACACAGUUUUCAUGAAAUUGCCGCGGUCAAUGAAGUGUUUGACUAAUAUGAUUUUUCUAGCCGUCUAUUUUAAUUAAGCCUAUGAAUUAUUAUUUUUGUAUCUAAAGUGAAUUGUGAUAGAUUUUCUACAGAUUAUUCUUAUCUAUUCAUAAUGGAUCGAUUUGAGGCAGAUGGGGGUGAAUUAUUAAACAUUUUUCUGUCAUAACUCAUUAAUCCAAACAAGGGUAACUGUCAAAUGAUGACAGAUUAUAUUUUCUAAUCUUGCUCGCCCUUUUGUAGUCUUUCAAUACAUUGUGGGACUGUGAAAGAUUGAAUAUGUUUACUCACUAGCCCCCCAACUCCAGACACACAAAUAACAUUUUUCUCACUCUGACAAGUGUCUACAACUAGUGCCUUUUCAAAUUGUGGUCAAGAGAAGAAAUGUUGGUUGAUAACUCCAUGGCCCCUAGCCAGUACCCUCUCCUGCAGAGGCAAGUGUGGCAGUAGAGUCAAAUGUGGAUGCUCCUCAACAGAGCCGAGUAUUUCCCACCGGAGUGGUAGGAUGUUAGGUUUAUGCAGCCUCAUGUUUUAUCAGGACUUCUGCAGCCUGUUCAAAUCCUCAUGUUUCGCACAUUUGCUAUGAAGUGAGAAAGCACUCUGCUUUUGGACUCAAGUGUACAGUUUAGUAGAGCUGACAAACACAAUGCAUUCUUCUUUCUGAGGAGCUCUUCUGGGUGCUGGCUGUUAUCUUCAGAUCACUCAAUCCCAAUGCUCAACCCUAACCAUAUGGUCUGAAUCUAUAUAGUUUUUCUACAGAACAUAAAAAUACAAUUAUUCUUAGUCAGGGAAUAUUUUAUACACUUAAAACACUCAACACAGUUUUGUCUCUUAUUGAACACGCACAAAUGCAAAGCUUUACAUACACUGUGAAUGUAUUUGUGGAGUUGACUUUUGGGGUGGUUUGCAGACAUGACAAUGUUUUUGUUGCAUUUUUUGAUGGCUACAGAUAUUUCUAUUCUGUAUAUGAUAAACAUCCAUAUAGCAGCAUCUGUUUUGAUUGAUCACUUGUUGGUAUUUGCUUUAACAACCCACACACACACAGAUUAGGUCCAAAGUUGUCACUUUUUAACAGUCUAUACUGCAACUAAUGUAUUAUGUUAUGUCAUGCUAUUAUAAUUAAUUCAGGGUAUUUGUAUUGUCCAAUAUGCUACUGCAUUAAUCUUCAAUCCUUUCCACUUGGUUUGAUUGCUUUGGAUCUUGUUUGCAGUUAUUUCACAUGUUAGUAUAAGUUGUAUUACAUUUCAAGUGAUUGGGUAAUACACGUAGUAAACAACACAGCAUAUAGACUAUUGCUAAAUUGGAAGUGUUACCGUUUUAUGUGUAGUUUCUGUGGCUUUAUUUUAAUAUGCUUUUUGAUUUUAUGCUACACUAGUUUGCCAUGUAGCAACUGCACUGUGCAAUAUAAUAUGAGAACUGGGAAAAUGUAUUAUUUUGGAUGUAAUGUCUCUUACAGUUUGCGGUCGUAUUUCUAUCUAGUUCUCAGUGAUUUCAAUGUGACCAAGCCUUAUUUACUUUGUCACAAAAAGCGGGUUUUCCUAGUGACUGUUGGAGUGUCAAAUUUAAGAAUUGAUGGUGUACUAUUGUAAAAAUUCACUUUGAAUAAAAAAAUAUUGCUUCACCCUU